CGAAGUUCAAUAAUCCAAUCUAAACUUGCCAACCCAGAGAAUGCAAUAAUUAAUAAAAGGCUAGUAAUAAUUAAUAACCCAGGUCUAAAAUCUUGUGAAUCAUCAUAUAACAAAGCAGAUAUAGUCAACGAACUUACAGAUGAUAUGGUCCUGGAUGUGAAUUGCCGACCUGUGUUUAGGUUAUUCUUCUAUUGCGUCUCCAAUUUUUAUUGGUUGUCAGUGCGAAUUUUUGGGUCGGACGUUUUUGUUGCGGUUGGGCCUUAAUCUUGUUUUGCAGACGACUGACUGUCCAUUAGGAUCUGUUAUUAUUUGCCGUCUACAGAGACUUGUUGAAGAAAUGGUUGUUGAAGCAUCGGUGAGAGCCAAUCAAGAUUAUAUAUUCUGGGGUUCAACUAGUUUUUUCCUCCCACUGAAUAUAUCACAGAGAACUGUCAUGUAGAUCUACAGGAGUUGAUUUUCUUGCUUUCUGUGUUCCGUAUUAUUCCUCCUGAAAGAGGCUUUAAAACUCUAAGUUGCGGAAAAUGGCCAUGGCUCCAACUGUAAAAGUAGUUCUGGGAUCAAUCGCCUUUGCAAUCUUCUGGGUUUUGGCAGUUUUCCCGGCUGUCCCUUGUUUGCCUAUCGGCAGGACUGCAGGGUCCCUCCUAGGAGCCAUGCUCAUGGUCGUCUUCAGAGUCUUAACCCCAAAUCAAGCUUAUGCUGCAAUCGAUCUCCCUAUCCUUGGUCUGCUCUUUGGGACCAUGGUUGUAAGUACCUAUCUUGAAAGAGCUGAUAUGUUCAAAUAUCUGGGCAAAUUACUCUCCUGGAAGAGCCGAGGUGCCAAGGACUUAUUAUCCAGAAUCUGUCUCGUUUCUGCCGUUUCAAGUGCUUUGUUCACCAAUGACACCAGCUGCGUCGUUCUGACUGAGUUCGUACUAAAGAUUGCAAGGCAGCACAAUCUCCCACCUCAUCCAUUCCUGCUAGCUCUAGCCUCCAGUGCAAAUAUUGGGUCUUCUGCAACUCCAAUUGGUAACCCACAAAACUUGGUUAUAGCUGUUCAGAGUGGUAUUUCUUUUGGGCAGUUCUUAUUGGGCAUUCUUCCUGCAAUGGUUGUUGGAGUUGUCGUGAAUAUUGUUAUACUUCUGUGCAUGUAUUGGAGAGUGUUGUCCACUGAGAAGGACAUAGAGGAUGCAGCAACAGAAGUGAUUGCCGAAGAGGAUGUCACAUCUCAUAGGUUCUCACCAGCAACAAUGUCACAUCUGUCAUCCUUGAAUUCUCAAGAGCGGAUUUCCACAUUGGAAUCUAUGAAUGGGGAUUCCAGUCGAAUGGGGGCUCUUAGAUGCCGAAUGAGUUCAAGUGAGAAUGAUAUGCAUAAGACCAUUAUUGGUGGGGAGGAAUCCACUAGAAACUCGAAUGCCUCAAAAGAGUCCACAGGUGAUGAUGGCUUUUCUCAGGGGAGGGAGGAAACUGCUGCUUCAAGGAGGUCUGUGAGGAGUGUCUUGAAUGGUGCUGCUUCCAUAACAGAUGUUUCUUUGCAAUCUUCAGAAGAAAAAGAAAGUUUGGCCAAGAGAUGGAAGAAAUUGUUAUGGAAGACCUGUGUUUAUAUCAUUACUUUAGGAAUGCUGAUUUCUCUGUUGGUGGGCUUGAACAUGUCAUGGACAGCACUCACUGCUGCACUUGCUCUUGUCGUCCUUGAUUUUAAGGAUGCCCAGCCAUGUCUAGAAAAGGUCUCCUAUUCACUUUUGAUUUUCUUCUGUGGAAUGUUUAUCACGGUUGAUGGCUUUAACAAGACAGGGAUUCCAAGUGCUGUCUGGGAUUUCAUGGAGCCUUAUGCACGGAUUGACCAUGCCAGUGGAAUUGCAGUGCUUGCCCUUGUCAUACUUGUCCUCUCAAACUUUGCUUCAAAUGUACCUACAGUUCUGCUGCUUGGAGCACGGGUGGCUGCAUCAGCAGCUGCAAUAUCCCCAGGUGAUGAGAAGAAGGCUUGGCUCAUUUUGGCAUGGGUCAGCACAGUAGCUGGAAACCUGUCACUGUUGGGUUCAGCUGCAAAUUUAAUAGUGUGUGAGCAGGCUCGUCGAGCUCCAUCCAUUGGAUACACUCUCUCCUUUUUGAACCAUCUCAAGUUUGGACUUCCUUCAACACUUAUUGUGAUUGCCAUUGGAUUGACAAUGAUAAGGGGUUGAUUUCUUAUUUUGGUAGUAAAGAAAGAUAAUCACCAAUUUUACACCAGCGGACCAGUGGAGAGAAAAAUGUGUCAAGUGUUUCUGCAUCUCAAAAGAAGAAACAAGUAAUUUCAUUUGUAUAGAGCUUCUGCAUGUUUAAAAAGAAAAAAAAAAAAUUAAAAUAUUUAUUCACUCAUAACUCGAUUCAGCAUUUUGUCUGUCAAAAACCAUGUUAUAUAAGACACAUUGAGUUAUGUUAUGUUUAUUUUCACUCA